AUGUGGACUGUUGGCCCGCCAUUCCUUCUCAUCCCAAGCUCCCCUCCCCAGGGCCCACAGAACCUGAGUCCUAACCGCUGGCAGGACCUCGACCUCACCGGAGACCCAGUUCCACCAAAUCAGCAACUGGACCCUUUGCACAGUGGACAAGAAGUAGAUGACACUGGCAACCCCAGAUGUAGACAGAUGGGGGUCCAUAUAGACCAAACUGGGGAGAUGGUGCCACCUCUGAAACCACCACAUCCGGUCCAAAGAGCGGCUCCAGCGCACCCGUUCCAUCCACCGGACACUCCGGGCCCUCCGCGAGGGCCCGGAGUGUCUGGUGGAGCCGAGGUGAUGGUCCUCAUGGACCGCGGCGUGGUGGAUCUGCCCUUGGGCGUGGUGAACCUGGACGUCUGGAAGUUGCUCAGUCCGCAGCUCUCCGUGACGAUCUUCGCAGUGGUCUUUUACAACAACCAAUGCUAUGGUCGCUACAUGAGUUUGUACGCAUCCUGUGUGGAUAUUGACGUGAGUGAAAAGAACUUAGUGUCGGAACUCUUGGUGGACUUCGGACAUGACCCAGAUCUGCAGACCAACAUCAAGCAAGCUUGCAAGUACAGCCUUGCAGCGAUCUUCUAUUUUUACUUAUCGAUGGAGGAUGAGAGCCCCGGGAUGCGAGUCACCUGGCAGGUGAUCAAGGAGAAGGGCUUGCUCUCGGAUGCCGAAGUUCUGCGGGUUUGCGACUAUCCGGGCACCACGUUUAUGCUGCUCUUGCACUGGGCCAGUAUGGCGGUGAAAGAUGGGAUCUGGCGCCUGCGGGUGAAGCCAGCGCCCAACUAUUCGCCGCCGGAGUUGGCGGCGAUGACCUCGCGCAUCUUCUCGUUGAUCGACCGGAUUGGGCUGGCCGCGCUGAACGUCAGGAGCAUUCAGAACAUGCCAGUACCCUUUUCCUAUUUCCAUUUGCUGAAUAUCUUGAUCUCCUUGACGGUGCUCGCCACAGGUAUUGGUAGUCUGAUUCUGGUGGAGCAGCAUGAUUCUCCUUCAUAUUGUUUGGCCUUCUUCCCGUACUCGGUGGUGACCUUCGUCCUACUGGCCUUGCGACAGCUGUCGGGUGAGCUGGCGGACCCUUUUGGACAGGACGACCUGGACUUUCCCAUCGCGGACUUCAUGCGUCACAUCUACGACAACGUUGUGGCGAUGUUGGCGAUGUUCCAUCGCUACAACGUUCUGGACUCCUUCAGGUCUGGCAGCAGUGACUUCACGUGCGCGUCCGUAGGGCGGCCGUGCGCGGGGGAGGCCAAGGAGGACCAAACCUUGACGAAGAUCUUGCAGAAGUCCGCCUCACGGCUGCCGGCGCCGAAGUCGCCUGGUGGAGGCCGUGCCUCCAUGGGAUGGCUUCUCUUGCAGACCGACGACGAGAUCUCGGCCUAUGGCCCACGAAACUGGGUGAAGCCCGAGGACUUCAAAGGCGCUGCCAAGCUGAUCCGCUGGCUCGAAAGCGGAGACGAGCCCAAAGCCAGGAUGAUCGGGGUCUCUAUGGAGGAUGAGGAGAAUGCGCCACUGAAGGAUGCACCGCUGAAGGAUGAUGCACCAAACAAGGCGAAAGAAGAGCCCCCAGCUAAGCCAAAGGAGUUGCCGAAGGACUCGUGUGCCGAGUCGCUGCAGCGCAUUGAGAAGCAGAUGGCGCAGCUGAUUAGCUGCAUGUCUGAGGUGGCUGCAAGCCUCAAGGAGAGCUCUGGAUCGGAGAGGAGGACCAAGGAGCGCACGAGGGAAGGGAGGGAGGCCACCGAGAAGGCCACCGAGAGGUCGGAGAAGUCCGUGCAAAAGAGAACCAAGAAGACGGAGGAGAAGGAGAGGCCUGAGGAAUGA